AGAUCCCGCCCCCUCUGCUCUCUCCCCGGCUGCCUCCGCCUCUCCUCUUUGGUCUGACAUCCACACCGCUGUUGUUGCAGCCAUUUUACCGUGGAGCGUCGGCAACAGCGGCAACCAGAGGAUGCCGAAACAGCAACGUUAAAAGGUACAUUUCCCUUAUUGUUGUGUACUCUCAGUCGCGUGUGUAACCCAGACGUUACCGACAUAGUUAAUCGGUGGGAUAAAGAGUGGCGGGCUGAAGGCCAGGCCGAUCACAGGGCUGAGGGAGCCUGUAAACUCGGAGCUGCCCAGACAGAGGAAAGAUUGCUGGGAGAGUGUUUGGCGACCAGUGCUUGUCUCUGGCAGUUCACAAGUCUGUGUUAAAAAUGGCGACGUUUCUUACCAUACCUCUGAAAGUAUUAAUUAGCGUCCCUGCAGAGAAUUCGUUGGUGUUUAUUUGGUCAGUUUAAAGGUGCAGUAUGUCAGUAUUAUCUGAAUACAACUGUUUCUGGCGCGUUCCUAAAGAGGGCGCUCGAGCGCAGAAACAACGUAGGUUUGCGCAUGUUUUUUUAGCUUGACGCUUACAGGUUGGUUUGCUUCUCAGCUUCUUUGGUGUACUGUUAUGAAGCUUUUUCAAGGUUUCUUUGUUCUGUUCAGUCAAGCGGUUUGGUGUUGUAUUGUGUUGCCAGUUUGAGUUGAACUAGCUAGCUUACAAGCACUAGCCUGCCUCACCCCUCAAGGCUGUAGCUGCUAGCUAGCUUGUGGCUGUAACUAGCACUUAACCAAAAAUUGUGACUUGUAAGCUAGUAGCUAGCUGGUCACAAAAUGGUUGUGAAAAGCUAGCCAUUGGUUAGUUUGUAGCAGCUCAACUGUGACUUGCUGAGUAGAAGCUAGUUAGUCACAAGCUUUGUCUUUACCCUGGAUCUACAUCUUUCACAGGACUUGACCCUUGUAGUGUGCAUCUGCAGGUUUGGUAAGCAACUUGAAUAAUGCCCCACUUUUGAUCGUCACUGCCUGAAUUAAAAUUAAGAUAACUUUGUUGUCUAAUUCAUGUGGGUAAAAUGGCAAGAAUUUGAUGUGUGAUGCUAAUAGCCAUAUAAACUAGGAGUGGAUUGAUUGCUAUUAGGCUACUUGAAGUUUGUGAGGCUCUCCUGCUGCUCCAGUAGCUACGCUGUUACAUUCAUGUUACAUUAUACACUACUCGCUAUACAGACCGCGUUUAAGCUUAAACGUUACCCUUCACAUUAGUGGAAGAGGGUCAGACAGGAUUUGAUGCACUUGUUGAUGACUCACAACAAAAUCGGAAAUAAUGUUGUGUAUUGAUGUGCUCACACAGUGCCAGUAGAAAUCAUUAGUGCCGCACUGAUUAUAAUGCUACUAAUGCUGUUAAUGCUACUCACUAUAUAGACCGUAUAUAAGCUUAAACGUUACCCUUCACGUUAAUAGAAGAGGGUCGGACAGGAUUUAAUGUGAAAAAAGCGAUGUGUGUUGUUGUGCUCACACAGUGCGAUUAGAUAUGAAUGAUCAUGUGAAAUUUCAGUAUUGGCACUCGUAACCGCCGCUGAUGAAUAAAUGUAGGGGAAACACUGCUGAUACCUAUGAGUCCGAGGUAGAAUUACGUGAGAUAAAAACUAAGUUUUUUUAAGGGUGGCGGCCUUUAUUUAACCAUGGCGGUGCGCCACAAUCAAUUGCAUGUAGGGGAAACCCUGCAUUAAAAAUGACAACAAUUCAGUCAAAAUAUGAUUUGAGAACUGCAAACUAUAACACAACCUCGAAUUCGGUGUUACUCGACACUUCUAACAUCAUGUGGGUUAUGUGGGUUAAAAAUUGCUUAAUUACAUUUAAAGUUCAGUUGCACAGAUCACAGGGUUGUUUGAUGCCUAUCCAGCAGGUAGCAGAGCUAAAGUAGCAUAUUUCUUAGAUAAUUUAUUUCAUCAGCCUUGGGUGAAAUUUUAGUUUGAUAUAAAUAUUUGGAUACGUACAGUAUUUUAACUAGACGAGAGUAAGCUGAAGCCAAUCACUGUUCUACUACUAUAAACACAUGGUAACAUGUAAAGCUGAAUGAUUUUGGAAAAUAAUCUACUUGUGAUUGUUUUCCUCAAUACUGCGAUUGCGAUUUCAUAUGUGAUUAUUUUUCAAGUAAAUAAUAACAAAUCAGGAAUAAUAAUUCAAUCUGUAUCAGGGUCCGACCGAUUUACCGGCGAGCCGAUUAAAUCGACCAAUUUUAGCCCGUUUGAGACUAAUCGGUAAUCGGCCAAAACUCGCUGAUUUUUUGUCAUGCGCUUAGCUUUACUUAACUGUGCAUGUGAAUGUGCUGAGUGUACAAAAACUUAUGGCAUAGGUUAUGCUUAGAAGGAUGCACCAGAUCUGCUGCCCAUUUAAAUUAGGUCAUAUUUGUUGGCUGUAUUUCUAUAAACAUUCAAAAUGGAAAGGGGCUUGUUGCACCUUGUUGCAACAAGGGGCUUGUUGCACCUUCUAUGCACAAGUUCUGCUUGAACUAUGAGUUUUAAGCCCACACUUAAACAUACAUUGAAACAGGAGCUGCACAAUUAAUCAAUUUUGAAUCGUAAUCAGAUUAAUAAAUUAUGACAAUGUUAAAAAAUUAAAAGUUUGUCUAAUCGAUAUUUCUUUCUAUCAUGUCCUGUGUCUCCAGGCUACUAUAGGCUCCCUCUUCCUGUGAGAAGGCAAUAAUCCCAUGAGAAAAUUUUCAGACUGUUUCAUGCAACUUCUCUCACUCUAGCCGAUGAUGUCAUCCACUCGGUCAUGAACAUUCCAUAUAAUCUCAAAAUUUCUCUAAAAAUUAUCAUGCUCAUUGAACAGUGAAUGAAUAUUAACUACUAUACCUAUUGAACAGUGGAUUAAUACACCAAUAGACAAGACUUGUUUCUAGGGAUGUCCCGAUCACAUUUUUUUGGUCCCGAUCCGAUCACGAUUUUUUAAUGAUGGGUAAUUGCAGAUCCCGAUUUUUUUCCCGAUCCGAUCUUUUUUCUUACCUUGAAUAAACUGAGUCCACUGGAUUCAGACUUUUCUUUUGGUGCAUUGCAAAAUAAAUUGGAUUGUUUGCUUCGAUGAUCAAUCCAUACUUUUCUCUUCCUCAACGUUUUAUUUUACAAAUGAAGAACAGUGAGCGUACUAUAUAAAACAUAAAUGAAAUAUUUAUUGUCAUGCAGUAUUACGUGGACUCGCUGUUUGUCAAGCCCCCUCUCCUGCAACAUGUCGCUGAUUGCCUGACGCACGUUAUCUGCCGUUUGUGCACCGCGGAAUUUGUUAGCAUGCAGAACAGCUUGCUUCAUCUCAAACGCUGAAUUAAUCCAGUGCGCCGUGAGGCUGAGAAGAGACAUCAGGCAGACGUCGGAAGUCCAAAGAUCUGUUGUGAAUGAGAAGGCAGCCCCAUCUGACAGAAGAUCCAAACUUUGUUGUAAAGUUCCGGUAUUGCUGUGCUCGUUAUGAAGUGCCUAGAGAGUAGCUCGUAGCGUGGCUCCAAUAACUCCAAAAGCGACAAAAGUCGGUGUUCUCUACCACGGAAAUGGGCUGGUCGCCCAAGCAAAAAACUUUGCGAGCCUUUGGGUAAUUAUCCUGGCUUUUUCUCCACCGCGAGGAAACUUUUAAACUUUUAAACUAGCAAGCAGCGUCUGCUGCUUCAAACCAGCUUUUGAUUCAAUAGAAGCGCUGUAUUCCUUAUAUUCUGCUUCGUGUUUCUAGAGAUGCCAAAUUAAAUUAGUUGUGUUAUAGGAAGCUCUGUUGCUGCCACAAUGUGAAACCAUUACCUUGCAGACUUUGUAUUUUGCUGCGGGUCUGCAUUCGUCUAUAUUUUAAAAAAUUGAAUGGAGUCUAUUGGUGAAGAUGUUUGAAAAACUUUAGUAAUUGCGCCUUUUUUUGCCUUGUCCCAUUGACUUAAUGCAAAAUUUAUCAGCAGUUUUUCACAGCUUACAUCGUUGAAAAUUCAUCUACAAAACCCAAUCCGAAGUUGGGAAAUUGUGAUAAACGUAAAUACCAACAGAAUACAAUGAUGUACAAAUACUUUUCAACCUAUAUUCAAUUGAAUACAGUACAAAGACAAGAUAUUUAAUGUUCAAACUCAUAAACCUUUUUUUUUGCAAAUAAUAACUCAGAAUUUCAUGGCUGCAACAUGAACCGAAGUAGUUGGGACAGGAGCAUGUUUACCACUGUGUUACAUCACCUUUCCUUUUAACAACACUCAAUAAACGUUUGGUAACUGAGGAGACUAAUUGUUGAAGCUUUGAAGGUGGAAUUCUUUUCCAUUUUUGCUUGAUGUACAGCUUCAGUUGUUCAACAGUGCGGGGUCUCCGUUGUUGUAUUUUACGCUUCAUAAUGCACCACAUAUUUUCAAUGGGAGACAGGUCCGGACUGCAGGCAGGCCAGUCGAGUACCUGCACUCUUUUACUGCGAAGCCACGCUGUUGUAACACGUGCAGAAUGUGGCUUGGCAUUGUAAUGCUUGAAUAAGCAGGGGCGUCCAUGAAAAAGACGUUGCUUGGAUGGCAGCAUAUGUGGUUCCAAAACCUGUGUGUACCUUUCAGCAUUAAUGUUGCCUUCGCAGAUGUGUAAGUUACCCAUGCCUUUGGCAUUAAUGCCUCCCAUACCAUCACAGAUGCUGGCUUUUGAACUUUGCAUUGAUAACAGUCCGGAUGGUUCUUUUCCUCUUUGGCCCGGAGGACACAACGUCCACUAUUUCCAAAAUGAAUUUAAAAUGUGGACUCGUCAGACCACAGAACACUUUUCUACUUUGCAUCAGUCCAUCUUAGAUGAGCUUUGGCCCAGAGAAGCUUGCGGCGUUUCUGGAUGUUGUUGAUAAAUGGGUUUCUCUUUGCAUAGUAGAGUUUAUACUUGCACUUACAGAUGUAGUGAAGAUCUUUCACUGACAGUGUUUUUCUGAAGUGUUCCUGAGCCCAUGUGGUGAUGUCCUUUACACAUUGAUGUUGGUUUUUGAUACAGUGCCGCCUGAGGGGUUGAAGGUCACAGGCAUUCAAUGUUGGUUUCCGGCCGUGCCGCUUACAUGCAGUGAUUUCUCCAGAUUCUCUGAACCUUUUGAUGAUAUUAUGGACCGUAUAUGUUGAAAUUCCCAAAUUUCCCUGCAAUUGUACUUUGAGAAACAUUGUUUUUAAACUGACUAUUUGACUAUUUUCUCACGCAGUUGUUUACAAAGUAGUGAACCGCGCCCAAUCCUUGCUUGUUAAUGACUGAGAAUUUUUGGGGAAGCUGCUUUUAUACCCAAUCUUGGCACCCACCUGUUCCCUAUUAGUCUGCUCACCUGUGGGAUGUUCUAGAUAGGUAUUUGAUGAGCAUUCCUCAAAUAUCUCAGUAUUUUUUGCCACCUUUCCCAACUUCUUUGGCACGUGUUGCAUUCUGGACAAGUUGGAGGCAGGAAUGAGACCUCUGCAUAAUACCGGAAAGAAGUGAGUUACAGUAAUCAAGGCGAGUGAAGAUUAGGGUGUGAAUGACUUUGACCAUGUCUGGCUGGGAGAGGAUGGAUUUUUAACUUGGAGAUACCCCUGAAAGAAGCAAGACUGUGUGAUUUUAUUGAUAUGAAAUGCAAAGGUGAGGUUAGAAUCAAAUUGAACUCCAAGAUUUCUGGCUGAUUAUUUGAUAUUUGAUGAAAAUGAACCAAGGUUAUUACUGAUUGUGGUUGAGGAAUUUUGUAAAUUGAACAUGAUUAUAUCAGAUUUGCAGUUGUUUAGCUGUAGGAACUUCUGUGCCAGGCAGUCUGUAACAGCAGCUAGGCUUCUUGGGUCUUCGGGUCUCAGGGGCAGGUAUAUCUGUGUGUUGUUUGCAUAGAAGUAAAGGAGACCUUAUGAUUCUAAAUUAUUUGACCAAAGGGCAGCUUAUAAAUAGAAAAUAGCUCAUUAACAAUUUGCAUCUGAGUUGUUGGCAGAGACAGUGCUGCUCUGCACACUCCUCUUCAUGUCAGCUUGCAACCCAACAUUGCCGGCGCAGCAGAAUUGGCGGGUAAUAUAGGAGUUAUUCAGUUCUCGGACGCUGACAUCUUUGGGGGCAUAAUGAAAGCUAAUAUCAUAGUUGGCUUUCUUAUGAGCAUUGCAAUCCGCUACCGCACCUUGUUUCCGCUAUUGUCGUCUCGGAUGCAAUAAUCGCAGCAUCAUCAACUGCUGCACAACAUUUAGCAGCUUCGACUUAAAUAUAUUACCCUUGGAUUCAGUUCUCUUAAACAAACACGGUCAUCAUUAGGACUGGGUUCUUAAAUGAUCAUGAUUAAUGAUCAUAAUAAAUUUUAGUUUGAUCACGGUGAUGAGCUGUGAGCAUAUUUACUAGAUCAAACAUAGUGGAAAUGUACGUGAUAACAGCCAAUCAGAGUCGAGCUUUUCCUGCUCACUUCUGUAAGUUGCCGGAGAAGUAAAAAGAGGAAGUAAACAGAAAGACUGAACGUGGAGCUAAACGUGGAGCUGAGGGCAGCAAAAAAUGUCAGCCAUGACUUUCAGUCAUCCUUCAAAGAUGCCAUUGUCGAGAAGAAAAGUUAGUCAACAUCAAAUGUGUGGUGGUGCUUUGGGUAUCUCCAAAGUGACGCCCAGCAAUUUAGCUGAUGUGCAAAGUAUGUCGGUGCCCUCACAAACCAGCAACACAACAGAUCUGUUUAAUCAUUUGAAGAAGUUCUUCCCGAGUGAUCAUGUGGAAAGCAUGAUGAUGUGAGCGGAGUCUGCACAGCCUGUCACUGCUUACGGCACGAGUAGCAUUAGCAGUUUAGCCACAACUAGCGGUGUGACCACCAGACCGAAGCUGCGAUCAAUCGUAUCAUCUACAUUUACAUCAUCUAACAUUAACAUUUUAAGGCGUCUUCAUAAUAAUAAUAAUAAUAAUAAUCAAGAUUGGACUAUAUAACUAUAUUGUAAUAUUUUUUUGCCAAAUCUCCCAGUCCUAGUCAUCAUAUCACUUGUGCUUGUGAAAGUUCUCCCUAAUAUUUUGGCCUGGAAUCUACUUUAAGUACAUUUAAUACACUCAUGUUUUGAAGGAUUUCACAGUGACCAAACCAAGCAGUCAGUUUCUUUUAGGUUAUUUGCCUUUGUUGACAGGAGAUUCUGGAUGGUUAAAAGAUAACUUGUUUAUCCAGUCUUAACACCCUGACUAUGGUUAGUUUUAAACAGGUUCCUUCCAUCUAUAAAGAACUGCACUUUCUUCUGUUGGACACAAGAGAGUGGAGUAAGUGACCAUGGUGGCCAGAAGCCCGGCUUCCUUGUCUGCAGAGCAGUGAAAGAAAUCAAACUGAUAAAAUGUGUGUUGUUGAGUGCUGUUGACUCAACAAACUUAUAUAAACCUUGUAGGAGUCUUUUUAUACACAGGAGCCAUGGAAGUAACCAUAAGCUAGAAUUUAACCUUGGCUGACUGUUCAAGGCAUAACCUCGUUAUAUGGGGUGUGAAGACUGAUAGGCCACCAGCACCUUAUAAAUUGAUCUUUUAAAAUCCUGAUCCAGUCCUGAUAUCCGGGCUUUGUUUCUCUGCUAUUUGGUACCAAUUGAAUGAAACUGAUAUUUCUAAUCUCUGUUUAGCAGUGUUGAUGCACUCAUUGUGACUCAUCCAUGUCUAUGAUGUCAUGUAUUUCACAUGCCUGUCCCUACAUGGACUUUUGACCUCUAUAAAACUCUAUAAAACAAGACACUUUCAAACAGGAAUCACAAGAGUAUGUGUUUUAAUAUGACUAAAUCCUCCUCUCAAACAUAGGCAUGUGCCGAUUAUAAAAAAUUUGAUAUCACAAUAUUGGUUGCCCAAAAUAUCACAAUUCACAAUAUUAUCACGAUACUAGCACAUUGCUUUUAAUGUUAUUAAAAAUGGCAAAAAAAAAUGCAAAAUCACUUCUCUCUGCACAGCAUGACACGCACAAACAAUAUGAGCAAGAGGCAGCUAACGUGACGUUGGGAGCAUUAGCUUUUUGGUAGGGAUGCACGAUAUUUAUCGGACCGAUAAAAUAUCGGCCGAUUUGGGGGGAAAUUACGUCAUUUUUUAUCGGUCCGAUAGGUGCAUUUUUCCGAUAGAAAGAUCCGAUAUAUUAAUGACAUUACGAGUAACGUUUGCAGGCGGAGUAGCCGCCCGUCCGAGACGCGCUGGUUACGUCAUCUAUCGCGCCUUACUCGCAGGUCCCAAGCCUGACCCUGUCACUACCUGACAGAUAAUAAAAUGUCUUCACCAGCAUGGUCGUUUCUCUCAGUGGCAGAAGAUGACAACAGCAUUGCUAUAUGCAAAACCUGUUCAGCGAGGAUUCCGAGAGGAGGAAAGAAGACGUCAAGUUUUAACACAACGAAUCUGAUAGCUCAUCUGAAAAGUCGCCAUCACGGCGGAGCAGUAUUAAAGGACUAUGAGACAGCCGCCGAAGCUGCUAGCGGUACUAAAGCUAAGACAACAACACUACGGAGGAUCGAUGUCCCCAUUCAGCAGGCGUUGAAGAACUGCAAAAGUUUCUCAAGAGACAGCGAAAAGGCUAAAGCCAUUAACGACAAAGUGAUGGGGUUCAUAGCGGUCGACGACCAGCCUUUUCCGUCGUUGAGAACCCGGGUUUACGUAAGUUAAUAGCACACUUGGAGCCACGUUACACUCUCCCAAGCCGCCGCUUCUUCUCGGAUGUGUCUCUUCCUGCACUCUAUGAUAUUGUCGCCACAUACAUUCACAACCUGAUCGACAAGAACGGACUACACGUGAGUUUUACCACAGACAUAUGGACGUCAGAUGUUAGUCCGGUCAGCAUGCUAAGCCUAACGGCUCAUAAUGGCUCCUUUACAGUUUACAGUUCUGUUGAACAGUUCAGGGGAUCAAAUGAAGUUCUGCUUUUUGCUCUGUUAUUGUUAUUUAUAGCAAAUGACUAUAUUUGAAGAGCCAAAAACUUUUCUUUGUUGUUCUAGAUAGGCCAGAGCAACAAAAAUAUCAGUUUUCAAUCGCUGCAUCCUGCACAAACUGCAGAUUAUAUGAAGAUUAUAAUAAAUGUAAAAAUAUGAAUUUAUCGGUUAUCGGUAUCGGUAUCGGCCAUGAGAAGAAGAAAAUUAUCGGUUAUCGGUAUCGGUUGAAAUUUUUCAUAUCGUGCAUCACUACUUUUUGGAGCUAAAGUUAGCAGAAACGUCACUAACGUUGUCAAUAAUAAGCAGUAGAGUAGACCAAACCUGUUGCGGUCAUGUUGUUUUUACCCACAAAUUAUGAUCUCAUAUGUUCAGUAGAUCGAUCUCAGUUUUGACUCUUUCUUAAAUGUUCUCACCUGUAGAUGCGUGGGCUAGCUGAAACUAAUAGAUUCAAAACAGCCCUAGUUCACAUGUACACCCCCACCCAGACAACAAGGUGAGUUUUUUUUUGAGUUUAGCAUCACAGCAACCACUGAAAUAAUGCUGCUGACCUGGGAUCAGUGGUCUUGAACCAGUUUUGGCCAGUAGGUUUAUCUUUAAGGAUAAGUAUUAGUAUAUAACUGUGUACUUGAGAUUGCUGUACAGAUAAUGAUUCCCAUGCCAGUUACCAACCAAUAAGGGGAGUGUAACACGAGGCUGUUAAUCAAAAGACUUCCUCACAGACACCUGCAGUAGCCCUUACCGUCCACCCCAUCCCCCCUCGGCUCGUCCUUUUAUCACAUUCUUCCAAGUGAGAAUCUCCUUACAAGUCUCAUGCAGCCAUGGUGAAUCAUGGGAAGUCGGCUGGUUGGAGUUGCAUGGCUCUUUGUCUUGGUUUUAUAACCUCUUGCUUUUUUUUUUUUUUCACUUCUUCCCUUUCACUUCUGUCAUUCCUUUUCAGUUCUCUGUUGUUUACAAAAAGAGUGUUUGUUGCCUGUAAAAAUAAUGGCAGCAGAAAGAGUUUUUCUGCACCUGAUGGCAGCUCCCUUUAGGAAAACUAACAAGUAUACAGCCAAUGUGUAAAACGUGACGCUCCCGUGGGUUCAUGAACAAGUGUAAAAAGUAACCAGGUGACUUCACCUACGUCCAACAACCAAAUCAGACAUAAGCAACAAAUUCUAAGCUCAAUACAGCUCUUUAUAUUUUAUCUUGCACAUCCUCGAGAAUGGUCCCUGACAGGUAUACAGGUAACUUGAUGGAUAGUUAAGUUUGUAUAACUUAACUAUCCAUCAAGUUAUACUGUAUGUAAGGAUGAAUAAGAACAGCUUGUGGAGACUGAGAUAAACAGCGAUUUAAGAGUGCAUGCUAGCUCUAAGCCAAAAUAAGUUCCUUGUGAUUAGGUGUUGAAGUGGUCCUCCACCGCACUAAAAUCUUAGGCUCAGUGGAUCAGCUGGUUGGAACUUGAUUGCUUGUUGAGCUUCCCCUUGGUUAAAGCAUGUGUCGGACAGAAAUGAUUGAAGAUCGCUCUCACGUGUAAAUGAGGAUGCCAGCUCUGAGCUGUCAAUGCCAUCCAUCACUGUGAAGUUUGGGGGGAUUCUGACAAAAUAUGUUCCUGAUGUUCUUGUUUUUUUAUGAUGGUUAAUUAGUUGAUGACAUCCUCUGUAUUCUUGUGGGUAACUUUACUGUAUUGAAGCCAAAGACUUGCUUGUAGCUAAACCCCACAUAAGCGAUGUGACUGGUUUUGUCCAUGUCCAGGUAAUACUCUUGAUCCAAGCGUUUCCUUGCUUUGUUUUGGUAGAGUUUUGGAUUUUCCCUUCUGGUUUGCCAGAUUUACAAGAUACAGAGCAGUCAGUCUCUUAUGAAUUAUGUCUGCUGUUGCCAAGAGGGCUGUUGCAAGAUAGAGGUUUCCAAACAGUAGUGGUACUUUGCUUUGAUCGUCUGAAGACAAAGGAUUGGCGAAGAACUAGCAGACUACUAGUAAGGUAGCGUUAGCACCCUUUGAGAGAUGAGAGAGAGAGAGAAGUUUUAACGUGAAUCUUAAAAUAACAUUACAGCUUGUACCACUAAGGGUUUUUUCUAUCAGUUGAACAUUUAUACCUCCUAACUUUUUUUGUUAACUGUUGCCAUUCAUUUGGAUAAGUUACUAUCUCCCUUAAUCGUAGAAGUAUAGGGGGGCCAUGCAGGAAAUAGAGCGACCUUAACCAAGACAGAAACAAAUCAUGAGAAUUUUCUAUGAGGCAAAGAAGUUUGAGUCACAGGGCUGGUGAUGAGGAUGAAUCACAUCUUUAAACAUCAUUAAAACUAGAUGAUGGUAUGUAAGGUCAUUGAACAUAUUAGUAAAGUUUAUGACAUAUGUUGUUCCACCCCUUGUCUUGCCUUUCCUCAACCUGACUCAUUGGGUUGUUUCAAUGUCCAGUUUUCGCAAGAUGUGGAAAUGAUUUUUUUAUCAUUUCAAUUUUCCUGAGGGAAUCUUCCCAAGGAGCCAAUGAAGUUCAAUCUAACCUAAUCUAAUCUGAUAAUGAUGUUUUAUGGCCAUAAUAAUCCUGAGGUGACAGUCUGAUAUUGUGGCAGGCAUGAUAGCCACAGAAAGUCAAAUGUGGUAUAUUUUUUAUGUUUCUUGUAAAAUUGUAAUAUAUAUUGAAAAAGAAAACAAUCACCUAAAAAAAUGUGAGUUUAAUUCUUCUUGUGCGACUUCCUGUUAAAAACUGAAUCCUGCUGAUUUUACCUGCAACUACAGAUCGACAUAUUUUCCAUUUUGUGUCCUCAAGAACUAGGUCAAUUAAUUUUUUUUCUAUUGGGGGGGAAAUUAUUACAGGGUGUUACUCCUACAGCCCCAAAGGUCCUUGUUGCUAUGGUAGCUAAUAAAGCUCGUUAAGAUAGGGGGCAUAGAGGUGUAGAACUAAUGCUGAACUGAGCGAUGGUCACACACAGUAGUUUCUGUCCGUGGGCUUCGAGUAACGAGCCAGCUGGGGUCAUUUCUCUCAGCAGAUGUGCAGCGUUACUGUUACUGUGUGUUGAUGCGGUGCUGCGAGGUGUUUGAUUACACUGCUGCUGACAGUUAACGAGCUUCUCCCCUGGGCAUUAAAGUACCUAUUAAAAAUCUCCAGACUGUGUGUUCACAGCUGCGGCGGUUCACGUUCAUGUCAUCAUUUUGUAUCUGUUUGACCCUCUUCACGAGCAUCAUAGUGUAAGCUCGGCUGCAAAACAAGCUUCAGUGUGUGGAUCGAAUCUAAGUAACACAGUCAAAACCAGCUCAAUUCAUAUAUGCGUUUGAAGUACUUUGAAUAGAUGUAAAAUAUUUUUUGUUGCUGACACUUUUCAAAACCGAUUUCAGCAGGAGAUUUUAGAUACCAUAAAAAUGCACUAAUUAAAAAAAAGAGAUGCAAUAGUGUUUGACUCUGUUUUUUUUAAUCGCCCUUUUCAUCAAAUCUUUGGCAGCCAUGUCCUUCUGAGGUUGCCCUCAGUGUCCGAGGCAAAGUAUUUUUGCUUUCAAGUGAUGCAAGUAUAUUCCAUUGCUGCCUGAUUGAUCAUACAUUCAAAGGGGCAAAUGGUGGUAGAAUUUCAUAAGGCUAUCAUGUUCUCGUCUGUAGUUUUAUUAUAACAAAGACUUUCUGUAUUAUCCUGGCAGGACAUGAAACAUGGAUGACGCGGUGCGGGGUCCUGUGGUUGGCCGACCACUGGCCUUCACCAAUGAAGAUCGGCGGGCGGUUCACUCCUGGUCCCGGAUCUCAUCAGCGGGGCAGAAUGUCCUCCUGGAUGCUCUGAAGAUCCUCAGCCCCAUGUCCCGAGACCUCUCGAGCAGCGAGGAGCUGGUUACCUUCCUGCAGGAGCUGAGAGACGAAGGCCACAAGCCUGUUGUGUUGGGCAGCAAAGAUGUUUACCGCUACCGCUCCUGCACCAACCAACCCCUAACUGUAGACAAACUGAAGCCAACCACCAGGAACGUCAGACCCAACACCAAGAAAAGGGUCAGAAGGCCCUUGACCAAGAAGAGGGAUGUACACCCAUCCUGGAACAUCUCUGGGAGAAGCAAACCCAGAAUUCAUGGUGUGCGCCCUCCAGAACUGCUUGAGGACCAUAGGGCCAUGAUCAGCAGCAGGACAACCAGUCGGACUGUAGACAUGUCAAAGGCCGCUCAGGUGCAGCCAUGCCUCAGACUGACCAAUAUUGAAGGCCCGUCUGGCUUUCAUACAGCCAGGCUUCAGAUUCACACUUCCUGGGAAUCAUCCUCUGAGGUGCACUCUGUUGCCUUUUCACAGCAGAGGCACCCUCCAACGCUUUCAGGAAUACCUUUGCAGCCUUCUCAGAACGGUGGUGGGGCACCCACCAAAGCUGUGGCCUUGUUCAGCCAGAAGAGCCUGUCCUGUCCCAUCCGGUUGGACGGGGCACUCAUUGGUGAUUCUGCACCGGUCUUUUAUGCCAAUGGCCGGGCAUUCCCAGAGACUCACACAGAGCUGACCAGUAAUGGUUGGAGGAGCAAUGGCCUCCAUAGGGAUGGCCAGAGUCCCAAGAAUCUGAACAGUCCAACCCCACAGAGGAACGGCUGGAAGGACAAGAAAGGUUUUAAAUGGAAAGUGAUAAAAGUGGAUGAUUCUCGCUCUGUGGCCGAUGCCCGUAGAAAAGCUCAGAAGAUUCUACGGGUCGACCUGUCUCCAGUGAUUCAGAUCCAACCUCUCCAGCAUGUGCUGAGAAACUUCAGAUACCUGAACAAAUGACAGCUCCCCUGACACUCUCGCACAUUGUCUCAUCUAGCAGAUGUUAGUGUUUUACAUCCAUUGGCCUCAACCUGGCUGACCGCCAGUGUCCAUGUCAGAUGUGUUUCAUGGGUUUUUGUGAUCUCUGCCGAGUGUUGGGGGUAGACUAGUUAGAAUCUGUCUGUGAAGGUUCUGGUUUCUGACAGGGUCACUCAGGCCCAAAAGGCAUUUGAAGUGAGGUGAUGCUUUUCCCAGCAGGCUGGGAAAUGACUGUCAGCCAAAUGCUGGUGCAUUUUCACUUUUCUAAGUUAGUUUCAACCAACCAACAUUCUGCUUUCAGUUGUCUUGCUGUUUGCCAGUAUUGCUUCUGCGUUUCUGGGUGCAGCCUCCACUGUGACUGUUAAAUCUGACAACAAUAUUCUGUCCUUCGAAGAGGCACUGGGAGUGGCUAACUGCUGUUUAAGGAGUAUUUAUGACUCAUUUGCAUUACGGCGCCAUUUUUUUCAUGUAUUUUAUACUGUGGCGCUUAAACCAGUGCUGUCACUCCAGGGUUUCAUUUUUCCCACUAAAAAAAGGUCAAAUGAAGUCGUAGUCGGGACAGUAGGAUCCCUUUCGACUCCAAGAUGAAUGGUGGGCAAACGGCAGAUUUUCAGACAUUGAUUGAGUGGGCAUGGUGGUUUGUUGGUUAGUUGUUUCCCGCAAAACAAAUACACGAAACAUGGAGAGAAAAAGAUGUUCAGUUCAUCUUCUUGUUUUUAUUUUUUGUUGUUGUUUUUUUUUGUUUUCACUGGAAAUCAGAAGGCAUCAGCAAGUUCAGCAGGAGAUCAGACUCACAACCUAUUCAGAGACAGAUCAAUAUUCGACACCUUCACAAAGUGUUCCUUUUUGGUUUAGUUAACCCCCACAUGGAGGCAAAAGACCAAUUAUUUUUGGCUGUUGGUAAAAAAUUUUGUCUUAGUGUUUGUGGUAAGUCUUACAAACCACAAACAGAAUCAACUUCUGAAAACUGAGAGUGUGGGAGACAACUUAGGCCAUGUUAAAAUGAUUGGACUCCAUAGAUGGGUCUUAACAAGUUAAACGUGGGAAAUGGACACUUCUGUUAUUGUUGAAAGUGGUCAAGAAAUUUAGGUUGUGUGCUCAUUAUUUAAGGUGACAUCUUCCCGGAAGUUCUCUCUAUUCCAUUAAGUCACCCAGGUUAUUAGUUUUUAUAUGUUCUCAAAGUUAAGUGUGCUUUAGCGCACAGGGAAAGGAUCAUCAGCCACUGGUUUAGUGCUGCUGAAUAUUUACGUUUUUUUCCAGGACGUUUCUGUUCUUUGCAGUCUAAAAACUCCUGCGUUAAGAUAUUUGUUUGGCUAACUUAAAACACUUUGCUUCAUUUGUUGCUCCAAGCUACAGGCCUGUUCAAUGAAAUUUAAAUCUGCAGCAUCGUAAAGUUUUAUCCAUCAGCACUCCCCCUUAUUUAUCUGAUGGCAAAACAAAAAUGUUAAAUUUGAGUUCUUUGCUGUGUUGGAUAUUUUUGGGCCUAGGUGUAAAAUAAAAAAGCACUUUGAACGUGUGACAGUGCUUCAUUGUCGCUUCCUAUGACAUAAUGUCUUACUUCCAGCCACACACUGAAAAUCUUCAGAAUAAUUUCUCUCUAUAUAUAUUUUUUGUAACCCACAUCAAUUUUUGCUCAAGGUGCUAACUCUGCAGCUAGGAUGCUGAAUCAAACAACUGGCCAAGGAAUGUAGACAUGGUUUUCUUCUGGUUGACUGGGGGCAUUUUCACUGGGACUGACAGCAUUGCUGUCCUCUACAGGUUGGGAUGAGUACAUUGAUUUUUGAGUGCUUUCCAAAGGUUUCUACUGUGAAGAACCACGUGAAUCCAUUUUUCAUUCUGUCAUCUGUGAAAAAAUUCUGUGUGUUCCCCUUAAAUUAAUUGAAGAUGUUUGGGCUAAACCAUAUCAGACUAAACAAAGACAGUGUUGUUAGUGCUUUGGUUGAACUCAGAGUCCUUUUAGUCCCCCUUUCUGAGGUUCUGAUAAUCUUUAGUCCAUCAAAUGUGUUAUAAAUCUCUGGGAGACAGCAGUAAGAGGACCUGCAUUUACAUUUGACUCUUUUACCUCUCAUGAAAAAAAAAAUCACUCUAUACUUUUUUUCAACAGUCAAAUAGAAAUCCUGUUUUUAGGAAAGAAAAAAAAACUCAAGUUGAAAAGAAAUUUAAAAAUAUUUUUUGUUCCAUAUCUUAUAGUAUUCUGGAUUCUUUUUAGGGGCAACUUGAAGAACUACACAGAUUUCAAACUGAAAUCUGCUUUCUGAUUCAAGGUCCAUGGUCUAUUACUUGGUAGUUCCCCGUCAAGACUGAGACCACAUCAGUGUUUGUUGGUCUGCUGGUUCCAUGCCUCCCCCCCUUCUGACCCCUCUGUACACAGUCAUGUUCAUGCCCAUCAACAAUUCCUCUUUUCUGGGUCUUCUUUCUGUUUGUCAUGUUUGUGCAACACUUGUAUAUUAUUGUAUUUCCUACAUGAUCUUUGAAAACUUUUUUGUUAAAUAAAGCUGAUAUGAAAAUGAU